AUGACUACUUCAACUAAACCGAUUCUCAACUUAAUCACUUCUACAACUGAUCAAAUCAAUCUCAACACUUUUGGUUACUCACCAGAAGAUCAUUCACUCAUUUCAAUCAUUCAAUCGUUUCUUUCUUCAAAUACUCAAUUCAAAGGUCUUCAUCAUUCAAUUUCUUUACCGACUCAAGAUCCAUCUGAACUCUAUCAUCUUUUAGAUCGAUUACUUUCUCUCAUUCAAUCUUUGACUAAUCAACUUCAAACUUCAUCUCUAGCUCAACUUGAACUUUCAUCUCAUCUCAAAAUAUCUCAAUCUAACUUAAUCCUUGCUCAAUCAACAGUUUAUGAUUUGGAAAAAGUGAUUCAAAAGCUACAACAACCACAACCAUCACCUACUACCAGUACCAACAAUCAAUCUAAAAGACGUGAUAGAGUAGACAGUGAACCUGAUGUAGGAAUCUAUGGACGUUUGAAUUUAUUUAGGUUCGGAAGAAGGUCUACAUUCACGAAUAUCAAACCUACCUCAUCAUCACCACCAUCACCAUCACCCUUAUCAUCACCUUUAAACUUAUCAUCAUCCUCAUCUUCAUCUUUAAUUAAUUGUUCAUCAGCUUCUUCACAAUCAUCAUUCACAUCGAUUUCUUCAAUCAAUUCAUCUAAUUUAAAUGAAAUUGAAAAACUUAAAUAUGAAACCAAUCAACUCAAACGUCAAAACCAAUCAUUAAGAUCUUCUUUAGAAAACGUGAAUGAAUCUAAAAGACAAAUCGAAGGUGAACUUGAAAAACUAUCGAUUGAAUUAUUUGAAGAAGCUAAUCGAAUGGUGAGAGAUGAAAGAAUGAAGUUUGUUGAAUUGGAAAAUGAAUUAAAUCAAUUAAAGAAUCAAAUCGGUAAACCAAUUGAUCAUGAGACUAGAGAAUUUGAAGAAUCUAAGAAUUCCAUGGAUUCCAAUCAUACCCUUGCGUCUUGUACAGUCACGCCUAAGAAGAAGAAACCAAGUAUGAUCAAGACCCCAGAACGAACUUUUGAUGAGUCCAAGAUUAAUAAUUCUAAAUUAAACUCACCUGAAACUAUGAAUUUCAUUAGUCCUAGACUAUCGAACCGGUUUUCAAAACUAAUCAAACCUAUCAAUAAUGAUACGAUAUCAAAUUCGAAUUGUGAAGUCGAACAAACCUACAGUCCUGAAGCUGAUUUAGAUUUAACUGAAUGGUAUCAAGAUCAUAAUAAAGAACGAGGUACUAGUCAAUCGGACGUAGAUGAAGAAGGAAGUAGGGAAGAUGAGGGUAUGAAAAUGAAAGAACCAGGUAAAGAAGAACUGAGCAGAUCGAAUUCUAGAGUAUCAUAUUCUUCUACUACUUCAUCAAGAGGUAUAGAAGAACACCCCAAGAAUGUAGAAAAAAGAUUCUCAAGUUCAUCAAUUUCAACCGAAAGAUCAGGUCUCCCAAGCUCACCCGAAUUGGAAACCAAAUCACGACCCAACUCGAAUCUAAGUCUUAAACCACUCUUAUUGAAUUCAAACACACCUAUUCUUUCUAGAUUACAAACCGAUUCAUCUUCUUUUUCACCUAAACGUCAUUCAUCUUUAAAUUAUCAUUUUCAUCCUAGGAUCAGAUCACCACUUUCGAAUCAGAUUAGUAAACGAUCUAGUAGUUUUAAUAUCAUUUCCUCAUCUUCUUCUUCUAAUCCUUCUAUUAAUGAUUUGAGUCAUGGGAAUGGAAAUAGGAGUAGAGAUGAAAUUAAGAGGAAAGAUUAUACUAUUAAUCAAAGAAAUCAUGAUGCUUUUAGUCAACGUGGGGAUACGUCUUUGGAUGAUCCUGCUGAUCAUCAUUUGGAUUUGGAUUCACUUUUGGCUAGUAUUGUAGAUUGUGCUGAAAGUUUAGGAUUUCAAGAUGAAUUAAAAGGUAUACUUCAUUAA